AUGAGAGUCUUGCUUUCCAUUCUUGCAAUCCUUGUCUUGUUGCCCAAAGUUCCUACAGCCAGAAGCUUACUUUCUAAUGCUGGCUGUCCAGGUCACUACCAUUGCAGAAUGAAGUGCAAUGCUGAUGAAUACGCAGUUAGAUACUGUGCUGACUGGACCAUCUGCUGCAAGGCAAAGAAGAAGGAAAUUAAGAAAAAAAAGAAGUGGUGA